GAGGUCGUUCCUAUUCAUUUCAGUGAACUAGUAUCCUUCUGCACUGCAGUUCAGGAAAUCAUUUGCGGCGGCUUAGUUCAGCUUUACUCAGUACAUGCUUGGAGUUGAUCUACGAUGGGAUCGACUCCGCUGGGCUUAUGAAUUCGACGUCGCGAUGCGAACUAAGAGCGCAUCUGACUUGAGCGGCCUCAGCCGAGAGGAAAAGAAGAAAGCCCAGUGCUCCUUUGAACCAGGCGAAAUCGCUCACGUCGAUGGUGGCGGUGGAAUCACGGCUGCCUUCUACGAAUUUUUGGAUCGUCACAAAUUUCCACUGACGUCCAUGGAACGGCGAUAUAUGCGCGUUCUUAUUAAUAGCGCCCCCGAUAUUAGCAAAUAUUGCCUUGUCCUCCAACGUCUCAGUGCGGACACGUUCAUUGUGUGCUACAUCGCGUCUUUCGGCGGUGUUGUAUACGGCACCGGUCUGUCUCCGGUAACUCGGUUUUUUUCUAUGGCUAUGGGCGAUACACCUCCGUGGCCUCUCAAUUCAAGGCCUCUGCACGUGAUCCCAAGGUGGAUUGGAUCUGGCUUCAUAUUCGGUGUUCCUGUGGUCAGGAAAAAUCUAUCGAAGACAACUCAUUCCCGUGCUUCUCUUGCCCACGGCGAGCUGCACAGGGUAAGAUCUUUUGUUGCAGAAAGGCUCAAGCUCUUCCACCAAGUCCAUAAAGUAUUGCGCGCAAAAGACCGUGAUUGGCAUACAGUCCGCAAGAAAACUGGUCUCAAAAUUGAUAGCUAUGUGGAUCCCGUAACGCUGGACGUGGAUCAUCCAAGCGGGGUAGGCUCCAACCCUGCGAUACUCAGUGAGGUGCCCGUCCCUGGCGACUUUACGGAAUGUUCAAACUUCAAAAGCAUGCUUCGGAUGAAACGUGACAUUAAAGGACCUUUUCUCCGCAAACGUCGUUUUCUGGAAGUUCCUCCAAGUAAUCACUUAGCCUGGUUGCUACAAUGGCAACGUCAAGAUAUUAUGUCUUCACGAUUCUGCCUCAAACGUCUCACACCUAGACUCAAUUCAUCUUAUCCUACGCUCCGACACCUUCCACUCCCCUUUCGGUACGUGAGACCUUGAGGACUGUAGGUUAAUUCGCACUGCAACGAACAGAUCCCUGGGGGAGUCUACUCAGUCCAACUUAGUCGAGUUCACUUAAUGUCAGGACUUUCCUGAUUCUACAUACGUAGCAGAUAUUAAAGGGAUAUGGUAGUCCUAGAAGCCUCAAGGUUGUUGUCCAGUCCCGCAUUCGACUACACUGGGUACAGUAUCACUCAGGAUGUACGGGAACAUACAGCGUCUGAGUAUUGCAUGAUUAUGAUUACAUUGUGGAGGUUGCGACAAAAACAUCUACUGACAUCAACAUACUCCUGAGGUUGUAACACUAUUCACGACAAGAUCGAACGUCAUCACUGAGGAUGGCGGUACUAAAUACAUCUCUAAGCAUGAAUCCGUAUAAACAGUUUUGUCACAUACCAGGUUUCGCAGCAACAAGAGCA